GCGUGCUGCCACCCAGGAAGCUUUUUCCCCUGAUCUUCCCGGGGCAGCAGACGCAAUCUUUUAUUUAGAAGCCUCCCUGGUAACGUUUGCGUUGCUUUUUCUGGCUUGGCUAGGCCUGUACGAAAACUUCCCAGGAGCUCCCCACUCCUCCCGACGCGGUGACGUGCCUUAUCUCAGAAACACGUGAACUUGCUCAGUUGUAUUUUCUAGGUUUGUGAUGAACCAGAGGAGUUAAAGAGAAAAGCUACUGAGCUGGCUGCUGCCGUCCGGAAUGCCAAGCACCUUGUCAUCUACACAGGAGCCGGGAUCAGUACGGCAGCCUCGAUCCCGGACUACAGAGGCCCUAAUGGCAUAUGGACGUUGCUGCAGAAGGGCAGGAGCAUCAGGGCUACAGAUCUGAGUGAGGCAGAGCCCACACUCACCCAUAUGAGCAUUGCCUGCCUACACAAGCACAACCUGGUGCAGCACGUGGUGUCUCAAAACUGUGAUGGGCUGCACCUACGGAGUGGGCUACCCCAGGCAGCAAUAUCUGAGCUUCAUGGAAACAUGUACAUAGAGGUCUGCACUUCCUGUACACCCAACAGAGAGUACGUGCGAGUAUUUGAUGUGACAGAGCGCACAGCCCUGCAUAGGCAUCACACUGGCAGGAUGUGCCACAAGUGUGGGGCACAGUUGAGAGAUACAAUCGUCCACUUUGGGGAGAAGGGGACGUUGAGACAGCCCCUGAACUGGGAAGCAGCAACAGAAGCUGCAAGCAAAGCAGAUGUGAUUCUUUGUCUGGGUUCCAGCUUAAAGGUUUUGAAAAAAUACCCACGUCUUUGGUGCAUGAGCAAGCCCCCCACUCGUCGUCCAAAGCUCUAUAUCGUAAAUCUGCAGUGGACCCCCAAGGACGACCUGGCCGCCCUGAAGCUGCACGGCCGCUGCGACGACGUCAUGCGGCUGCUGAUGGCGGAGCUGGGCCUGGAGAUCCCGCGCUACGACCGGGCGCGGGACCCCAUCUUCGCGCUGAACGGGCCCUUCCCGCGGCUCCCGGCGCAGCGGCAGCCUCCGAGGGAGAAGUGUCGGCCCUGGGACAGGCGGCGCCUCACCCCGCUCCCGGCCUGCCCUCGGGGGUCCCUGUGCCCGGCGCUGCACAGACGGCUGCGCCCGCCAAACGAGUCUGGUUCUGCCGGCGCAGCUGCAGAGCUGAUGCUCCAAACCGCUGCUGCGUGGAGAAAACUCCCUUCGAGCCCGUCGGGGAGUUAA